AUGAAAAUUCUUGUCAUUUUGUUUAUGCUAUCAAUUUCAUCAAGCUGUUAUAUUGUUCCGCCAGGUUGUCAUAAACUUUAUGUAAGAUUAUUUUCACAGUGUUCAUGAAAAUUAUAAGUUUAGUUUUUCAGUUUAACUACAGGUGUCGUGUAUUAUUGGCUGCAGAGCAACGCAAUAAGAUCAAUCAUUAUGAACAGAGCAGCAGCAAAAUAAACGAGUCCAGAAAUGACAAUCAAACGCGAUCUGACAUUGCGUCUGAAAAAUCCACUAGUGAAAAUGAAGAAGAAGAUACUGUAUAUCUCAAUAAAAAUGGAUUUUUAACCAAUGACACCAACACUGGAACAAAUAUGGAGAACAAAAAUUUAAUCGAAAAAGACAACCAAUCGACAAACAGAAACAAGCAGCUAGAAGAAGAUUAUGAAGUCACCCAAAAUCCAAAAUUUCAUCUCGGUGACGAAUCUUCCGGAAAUAAAAAUGAAGAAGAAAAACCGCUCCCCAAUGGUAACUAUUUUGCUGAACAAGACAACGAUGAAAGUGAUAAUGGCUUAAAUCUUGAGAAUAACUCUUUCAUGCAAAAAGCAUUGAACGGUGAAAAUGUCAAUUCUGAAAAUAAUGGUUUUGUGAAAGAAAAUCAAAUUGACAUAUCUAAAAGAAACGAAUUGAAUAAAUAUAAAAAAAUCACAGAUAAAAAUGAAGUAAAUCUCAAUAUUUACUUAAAUGGUGGAAGUCGAAGCAAUUGUGAGAAUGCUACUGUGUGAGUUCAGCACAGUUUUCAAUCAAAAUUAAUGUUUUUCCUCUGAUUUUCAGACCAGCAAAAUCUGUUGUUGUCAAUAUCAAUUUUGAUGGAAAAUGA